CGAAGACAGUUUGAAAUCGAACGGAGCGGCAUCAUCGGACCAACGAAAUUUGUCAAAGAAGAAGAGAUAGAGGAGGUUUCCCGUACUGUGUUUGAAGAUAAAGUCACGGAGGUGGACGAGGAUUUGAAUGGAAGCGUUGAAGUAUCAAAGUAUCCGCCACGUCUACCAGCUCUACGCAAACUUGAGGAGGAAGAGCUUCGCGAAGUGUUUGAGAGUUAA